AGGGAAUAUAUAAGUUAUACACCUGGGGAAAAAUUACAGCUUCUUAGAAGUGGCCGUGGUUUCGUUUGGUGGAUCCCUUAACGAGCUUCUUCUUUUCGCGAUAAAACCUAGAACGCUUUCCUUUCGUUCAAUCCAAUCCAGCAGCAUCCGCCAUGGAUCUUGAGGCUGAGAUCCGCGCAUUACAGCUUGAUUCGGCAGAAGAAAACAAUGGAGUUAUCAUUUCGGAAGAUCAGAACUCAGAUAGAGUUGAGAAAUUGGAUAAAGCAGAAGAAGACCUGACAGAUAAGGUGCGAGAAUCAGCGCCAGUUCCUGAUGAGCAACAAGCUUCCGAGGAUCAUGAUCAAGAAUUGCUCCAUCCAGUGCAUAACCCAGCGAAAGCUAAAGAGAAGGCAGCUCAAGAGAAGGCUGCGAAAGAGGAAGCUGAAGAAGAGGCAGAAGCAAACAAAAAGAGACACUUGAAUGUGGUUUUCAUUGGGCAUGUUGAUGCAGGAAAAUCUACAAUUGGAGGACAAAUUCUCUUCCUAAGUGGCCAGGUGGAUGACCGACAAAUCCAGAAGUACGAGAAGGAAGCAAAAGAAAAAAGUAGAGAAAGCUGGUAUAUGGCAUAUAUAAUGGAUACAAAUGAAGAAGAGAGGGCCAAGGGUAAAACAGUUGAAGUUGGAAGGGCUCAUUUUGAAACUGCGAGUACUAGAUUUACCAUUUUGGAUGCUCCGGGUCACAAAAGUUAUGUACCAAAUAUGAUUAGUGGAGCAUCUCAGGCGGACAUUGGUGUACUGGUGAUAUCGGCUCGAAAAGGUGAAUUUGAAACUGGAUAUGAGAGGGGUGGGCAGACACGUGAACAUGUUCAACUCGCAAAAACAUUGGGCGUGUCAAAGCUGGUCGUUGUUGUGAACAAGAUGGAUGAUCCAACUGUGAACUGGUCGAAAGUGAGAUACGAUGAAAUAGAACAAAAAAUGGUACCAUUUCUGAAAUCCUCUGGCUACAACACAAAGAAAGAUGUCAUAUUCUUGCCUAUAUCUGGUCUAAUGGGGGUAAAUAUAGACAAGAAGAUGGAUCCAAACGUUUGUCCUUGGUUCAGUGGCCCUAGCUUUUUUGAAGUCCUUGAUUCUAUUGAAGUUCCCCCACGGGAUCCUAAUGGUCCAUUCAGGAUGCCCAUUAUUGAUAAAUUCAAAGACAUGGGAACAGUUGUGAUGGGAAAAGUAGAAUCUGGCAGCAUUCGGGAGGGUGACUCCUUGCUUAUUAUGCCAAACAAGGAACACGUGAAAGUUGUUGCUAUAUAUUGCGAUGAAGAUAAAGUUAAGCGUGCAGGACCCGGUGAAAACUUGAGAGUACGUAUAACUGGCAUUGAAGACGAGGACAUCCUCUCAGGUUUUGUUUUAUCCAGCACGGUAACGCCUGUCCCUGCUGUUACUGAGUUCGUUGCCCAACUACAAAUCCUUGAGCUGCUUGACAACGCUAUUUUUACAGCUGGUUACAAAGCUAUACUGCACAUUCAUGCGGUAGUGGAGGAAUGUGAGAUAAUCGAAUUGAUAAGCCAAAUUGAUAUGAAGACGAGGAAACCCAUGAAAAAGAAAAUUCUGUUUGUGAAGAAUGGUGCUGCUGUUGUGUGCCGUAUACAGGUUACCAAUUCAAUCUGUGUUGAAAAAUUCACAGAUUUCCCUCAACUUGGAAGAUUCACUCUACGAACUGAAGGGAAAACAGUUGCUGUUGGAAAGGUGACUGCGCUCUCAGGUGCUUCCUCAAGCGCUUGAUCCAAAUUUUUGUGAGAAAGACAAGAAGGUGACGGCAAGUCCCGGCUCUAACACAUGGCGGGAGCGGCGAGGUCCAACUGUUAUGUUUUGGCUAGAGAGAGAGAGAGAGAGGGCCGAUGCUAAGAGAGUGAUGCAAUCUUUAUUAACAUUUGUUGUCGUUUUGAGUAUUUUCCGUUUAUGUAGAGGAAUUACCUCCCUCAUGAGAUACUUAUCAAAUCACAUUGUAUUGAAUCUAUUUUCGUAAACCAAGGAACUAAAGUUUUGAGUCU